GGCUCGGGUUCGGGGCUCUGUGCGCGUGGCCGGCCGGGCUUGGCUUGCGGGCGACCGCGGAGUGGAGACCGGUGGGCUCUGCGGGGCAAAGGGUUGUUUUGGGGGGGAGUGGUGCUUAUUAGCCUCCACUGCCCUAGUUUACAGCCCUGCUUUUUGGGUUUUCUGCACAGAUUGUAGCUUUUUACUGGGAUUUCGGGUUGUCACUGGCGUUUUAGUGCUGGGUGUCAGAGGCGAUCCUUGGCGAGGUCGUGGGGAGCCCCUGCAGCACCUGCUGGGCGAUGGCAGCGGAGGCUGUGUCUGGGGGUGGGACAGGGAAACGAAACGUGACUGAGAUCCUGUUUGGAUAUUCUGCCGAAGUUGUCAUGUUUCUGUUCUGUGCACCAGUUCACACAGCAAGUUGAUAAACCUGGUUGCAGGAUUUCGUGAUGCUGACCAAUAGACCGGGGUGACCUGGUUUGGCUAAGAAUGUUUGGGAUAGCCUAAGCAACUGUCUCCAAUGUAGUCCCCUUGGCAGGCUCAUCUUUUUCCACUGUUGCAAAUAUUCUAGUAUGGGAUUGAUGUUGGGGUAGCACAGGCCUAAAUCCAGAAGUGUUUUCAAAAGAGUAAAGGUCUAAGUAGGCAGGUAGGUAGGGUGGAAGAAUCCCCCUUUGGAUGAAAACCAGGGACCCACACGGAUUCUUAGUUUUUUGUAAUGCCGUAGGUAGAAAGAUAACCAUAGAUGAUACCAUAGUUAAGUUUUGUGUUUCUAAUUUUCUUAAAGCAUAUUGUAGCUGAAACAAUAGCAUGAAAAGCAGUCUUAGGGUCACUCCUAUGAAUCCAUCGUUGUAUCUUGGAUUUUAAUAGUUGGGGUCUGUUUUAAACGGGGCACGCAUGUGUAUGUUCUGCUUAUCUUGGAGACAACCCUGAGUCAUGCUUUCUAGAAGUUCCUAGAGCUCACGUGUCUGUUUGUCUCUGUGAGCGCUGGACAUCAUUCUACCUUUAGUUUUUCCUAUCACAACUGCUGAGGGAACUCCGGGAAAAGGAGGGCUGGGAUGAAUUGGGAGCACAGACAGGCCUUCACCUCCAUGUUUGCCCGCUGUGUCUGACAUAGCUCCUUUUUUUUUUUUUUUUUUUUUUUUGUGCUGCCAGUAGGAAAGAGCAAUACAUUCAGGUUCUCAUAGUCCUUUGCUGGCCUGCUGCACAUGACUCCAGAGCACCACUCCUCACUGCCCUGUCAGCCAGUUUUACCUCUAUUGUGUUUAAAUGGUGUGGUUACUUUGGAGAAGGUCAUAACACCUCAUUUUAGUGGAAACUGAGGGGAAGUAGAAUUUUAUGAUUUUUGACUCUGACAGCACUAUAGCUGGAGAGUCAUCUGGUUCGAUGCUAUUAGAAGGUUCAUAGUUUCUUGUAAGACUUUCUCCUUUUUGCCUACGUCUCCUUUCUUCUAACCCACGUGGUUGAGAGAGGGGUUUAGUUAGCGGUAAUUUAGCUUUAUAACCCCAUUAUCCUUGUGCGCUUGGCUACUUGUGCUGGCCUGUAUGUGGAUAUUAACUCAGAAGACGCCUGGAGAUGCCACUGAACCAAUUACUAUAAAAAGUAUUUCACUUUCAAACUCCCACGUUUCCAGGAACAGAGAAACUCAGUACAAAGGCAACUUGGAAGAGUUUUCCUGGCUCCCGGGCUCCUGAGGACGCAGUGCUGGAGCAGAUGGAUAAUGGAGACUGGGGCUAUAUGAUGACUGACCCAGUCACAUUAAAUGUAGGCGGACACUUGUAUACGACGUCUCUUACCACGCUGACACGCUACCCGGAUUCUAUGCUUGGAGCUAUGUUUGGGGGUGACUUCCCCACAGCCCGAGACCCUCAAGGCAAUUACUUCAUUGAUCGAGAUGGACCACUUUUCCGCUACGUCCUCAACUUCUUACGGACUUCAGAAUUGACACUGCCCCUGGAUUUUAAGGAGUUUGACCUGCUUCGGAAAGAGGCCGAUUUUUACCAGAUCGAACCCUUGAUCCAGUGUCUCAAUGAUCCCAAGCCUUUGUAUCCUAUGGAUACUUUUGAAGAAGUUGUAGAGCUGUCUAGUACUCGGAAGCUUUCUAAGUAUUCCAAUCCUGUGGCCGUCAUCAUAACCCAAUUAACCAUCACCACCAAGGUCCAUUCCUUACUGGAAGGCAUCUCAAACUAUUUUACCAAGUGGAAUAAGCACAUGAUGGACACCAGAGACUGCCAGGUCUCCUUCACCUUUGGACCGUGCGAUUACCACCAGGAAGUUUCUCUCCGGGUUCACCUGAUGGAAUACAUCACAAAGCAAGGCUUCACGAUCCGCAACACUCGGGUGCAUCACAUGAGCGAGCGGGCCAAUGAGAACACAGUAGAGCACAACUGGACUUUCUGUAGACUGGCCCGCAAAACGGACGACUGACUUGUGGCUAGCCCUCAGAGAACUUCCGGCAAGCUCACGUUUUGGGACAUGGAAGAGACUGGUGUUUCCAGUGUGGGCCCUCUUUUUUUUUUUUUUUUUUUUUUUUUUUUCUUCUUCAGUAUUUGUAUUUAUUUGAAGGCAUUGAGGACCAGAAGGAAGUUUCAAGUGUGAGCAGUCUCCUCCCUGUUUGUACCCAAGUAUGCAUGUGCCUGUUCAGAGUCUCUAGAAACCUUUUUUUAUAAAAAAGAGAUCUGAAAAUCAUUAUGGUAUAUAAUCUACCCUUAACAGUGCUAAAAUGAUUUCUGAUAACAUGGUCCCUGACUCGACUGGAAGGCUAAAAAUAUAGGGAUGAAAGAUUAAAGAGGGUAUUCAUGAUGUCUUUGAGAAAAAUCGGAAUAUCACGUAGGGUGACCUAGUUUCCAGAGCAGUAGGCAGUAUUGUAGUAGUAAAAGAAGACCGGCCAGUCAUCUAAAGGUACUUGUUAAGGACUGCUUUCUACAGUUUUGACAACUGUUUCUUUCUAUGCAUAUAAAUCAAGCAACCAAAUAUCUGUAGCCAUGGAAAUGUCUGACUAGAAAUAUUUAUAUUGGAUUCUCAAUACAAAAUGUCCCUGUGGUAGAAACCUUAUGCCUGGUACAGUUUCAUUCCCAAGGGUACUGUCUACCAGGAAAGAAAAAUCUAAUAAAAAAUGGAAUAUGAACAU